AUGGGUGUCCCAGCCCUAUUCCGAUGGCUUACGAAAAAGUAUCCCAAGAUCAUUUCCCCUGUCAUUGAAGAACAGCCCGUUGAAAUCGAUGGAGUAACAUACCCUGUCGACACAACCAAACCCAAUCCCAAUGGAGAAGAAAUGCACAAUCUCUAUCUUGAUUUCAACGGUAUCGUGCAUCCUUGCUCUCAUCCCGAGAACAAACCUCCUCCUGUGGACGAGAGUGAGAUGAUGCUCGAGAUUUUCAAGUACACAGAUCGCGUCGUGAACAUGGUCCGCCCACGCAGACUUCUCAUGAUCGCCAUUGACGGUGUCGCUCCCAGAGCCAAAAUGAAUCAACAACGAGCUCGACGUUUCCGGUCGGCCCGAGACGCAAAAGAGGCGGAUGAACAAAAAGCAGAGUUUCAAGCUUUAUUGCGUCAGCAGAAUCAGGGUAAAUCAGAGGAAUCAACAGUCGAAGAAGUAAUCAAAAAAACAUGGGAUAGUAAUGUCAUUACUCCUGGAACGCCUUUCAUGUUCAUUCUUGCCAAAUCCAUCCGAUACUGGGUACAAUGGAAACUCAACACUGAUCCAGCUUGGGCUGAAUUGAAAGUUGUCAUCUCUGAUGCCAGUGUCCCAGGUGAAGGUGAGCAUAAGAUUAUGCAAUUCGUUCGUUCUCAACGCUCCGAUCCUGAAUAUGAUCCAAACACAAGACAUGUCAUGUACGGCCUGGAUGCCGAUCUCAUCAUGCUUGGUAUUGCAACCCAUGAGCCACAUUUCCGUGUUCUUCGAGAAGAUGUCAAUAUCAGAGAUGCCAAAGCCAAAACCUGCAGACUGUGCGGUCAACAAGGGCACUAUGCAGAAAAUUGCAGAGGCAAUGCAAAAGCAAAGUCUGGUGAUUUUGAUGAAAAAGGAACAGUUGAAGAAUUGAAGCCCUUCAUCUGGCUCCAUGUUCCCAUUUUACGUGAGUAUCUUGGUGCAGAGAUGUUCGUCCCUGGUCAAUCAUUUCGUUUUGAUCUUGAACGUGCUCUUGAUGAUUGGGUCUUCAUGUGCUUCUUCGUCGGAAACGACUUUUUACCCCAUCUUCCCAGUCUCGAUAUCCAUGAAGAUGGCAUAGAUAAGCUCAUUGCUAUCUGGAGAGAUAAUAUUCCCGUCAUGGGUGGUUAUUUGACCUGUGAUGGCAACGUUGACCUUGCACGUGCUCAGGUCAUUCUCGAAGGACUUGCCAAGCAGGAAGAUGCCAUCUUCAAGCGCAGAAAGGAGAUGGACGACAAAAGAGAACGUAACCAACAACGCCGUGAUCAACAGAACAAUUCUUCCAGAGGUGGCCGAUUUCAGCAAGAUCAGCGCUCGUCAAAGAAACGCCGGAGCUCACCAGAUUACACGAAAGGUAGCCGACCGGACGCACGAGUCCCGACAGGACCUGUUGAAACCUUUGAAGCCGGCAACUUUCCGGCCUUGACAUACAAUGAUAUCAUCAAUAGACAGAACAUUGACAGAUCAACCACAACCAAUAAAAGUGCAGCUGCCAUCUUGAAAGAGCAAAUGCUUGCCAAGAAGGCGGCAGAAGCAUCAGCAAAGAAUGGUGUCAAUGGCAAUGGUGUUGAUCAAACUACAGAUCAAUCCGAUGGACUUUUGAGUGCUCUGGGUAAGCGCAAGGCGGAGCUCAUGGAAGAAGAGUCUGAAAGUGGAACUCCUGGUCGUAACACACCCAUCGAAAAGCCCAAAGUCAAGUUUGACCCAAAUGAUCCGCCACCAGAUACUGUUCGCUUGUGGGAAGAUGGUUAUGCUGAUCGUUACUACGAACAAAAGUUCCAUGUUUCCCCACAAGACAUAGAAUUUCGCCACAAAGUUGCGAGGUCAUAUGUCGAAGGGUUGGCCUGGGUAUUGCUUUACUACUUCCAAGGAUGCGCUUCUUGGACCUGGUACUAUCCAUAUCACUAUGCACCAUUUGCUGCCGACUUUGUCGAUUUGGACAAGAUGACCAUCAAGUUCGAGAAAGGAAAGCCUUUCAAACCCUACGAGCAGUUGAUGGGUGUGUUGCCAGCGGCAUCCAAUCACGCAAUCCCGCCUGCAUUUCAUCCCCUCAUGACCGAGCCAGACUCUGACAUUAUCGAUUUCUACCCUGAAGAGUUCGAGCUUGACGCAAAUGGGAAGAAGCAGUCAUGGAAGGCCAUCGUGCUUCUUCCCUUCAUUGACGAGAAGCGUCUUCUUAGCGCCAUGGGAACCAAAUACCCGCUCCUGACCGACGAAGAAAAGGCCAGAAAUGAGCUUGGUAGUGACGCUUUGCUGGUGGCGGACCAAAAUCCACUCUAUGACGAUUUGGCUCUUCAUUUCUAUUCCAAGAAGAAGACUGAUGGUCCUGUGAAGCUGAACGUACGCAAAGGACGACUUGCUGGUACCGCAACAAAGAAUGAAGAUUUCCUUCCCCACAUGGACCUAAUCGGACCAGAAGAGGAUAUCAAGCUCGAACCAGCCGUUGAUGAUGAUCGCUCUUUGAAUGUCCAUUUCACGAUGCCGCCACCCACACAUGUCCACAAGAGUAUGCUGUUCCCUGGUGUAGUCUUACCGCCACCAGCACUGAACAAUGGCGAUCUAGCCAUGCUCCGAUCAAAGGCGAGGAACUCGGGCAGAGAUUUCGGAGGCGCGCCAUUGUACGACAACAACAGACAUGGCAAUGAGCAGCCAAAUCGAAAUGGUCGUAUUAGCUACGCCGUCAAUCGACCUCCAAUGAAUUCCGAGCCUCCUCCUCCACCAGGAUACGCCAAUGGCAAUCCAUUUGCUGCUUUGCUUGAUCCUCGAUAUGCUCCAGGAGUUCCACCUCCGCCUCAACACUAUGGUGGUCAACAAAAUUAUGAUCGCAGCUUUAGCAAUGGCCAGACUGGACAGCAAGGAGGAUACAACAAUUAUCACGACCAACGCCAAGGUCCACCUGAGCAAGCUUAUUAUGGAGGUCAACAAGGACAGAAUCAGUACCGUGGACAAUAUCAACAAGGAGGACAUCAAAAUGGAGGACGAAGUGUAAGUGAUGGCCACUACGGUGAUCAACAUCGUGGCAGAGAUGAUCGUAGAGGUAAUGGAAACUAUAGUGGAGGUGGUGGAUAUGGUCAAGGUUCAUAUGCCCGUCGAUGA